AAAAAGCCCCUUCAUUUGUGAAAUGAGAAAGGGAAUUGCUGGUACCAAAAUUCACGUUUCCUUUUUGGUGGAAAUUCUCCAGCCAAGCUUGGCGCUAACGGAGUAGGCGAUUUCACUUCAUCGUCACCUCACAAAAGGCUUCCAAAUUCACUGCGGCAGACACCGCAAAAUAAAAAUGUUAAAUACAUCCUAGCUGGGAGGGGAUUGAAGCCUCCAGGCUCAAUCAAAGGUUUGCAAUAAUAGGAUUCAUUUAAAAAAAAAAAAAAAGGACAGAUGGGUUUAGAAAAUGUUGCAGUGAAGACUGGAACGAGAUGAGCUCAUAGCACCAGCCUGUCUUUUGUGGACCCGCACAAUGAUCCCUGAGCCAGACUGGAUUAGGAUGCCUCGCGACUAGGGGUCCAGAGACAGAGGCCUCCAGUUCCCAGGCACUUCGGGCAGAGGAGGCUGAAAUGAUGCAUCAGAUUUACAGCUGCAGUGACGAGAACAUAGAAGUUUUCACCACCGUGAUUCCUUCCAAGGUAUCCAGUCCAGCCAGAAGAAGAGCCAAAAGCUCUCAACACCUCUUGACCAAGAAUGUGGUGAUCGAGUCAGACCUGUACACGCACCAGCCCCUGGAGCUGCUGCCCCACCGCGGAGACCGCAGGGACACUGGCGACAGCCGCAGGUUCGGGAGGCUCCAGACCGCGCGGCCGCCCACAGCCCACCCUACCAAAGCCUCUGCCAGACCCGUGGGGAUUUCUGAACCCAAAACAUCAAAUCUGUGUGGGAAUCGAGCAUAUGGAAAAUCUCUGAUUCCGCCAGUGCCCCGGAUCUCAGUGAAAACUUCGGCCUCUGCCUCAUUGGAGGCAACAGCCAUGGGUACAGAGAAGGGAGCUGUUCUGAUGAGAGGAUCCAGACAUCUCAAGAAGAUGACUGAAGAGUAUCCAGCCCUUCCCCAAGGAGCGGAAGCCUCUCUACCACUGACGGGCAGUGCUUCCUGCGGCGUCCCCGGCAUCCUCCGGAAAAUGUGGACAAGGCACAAGAAGAAGUCUGAAUAUGUGGGAGCCACCAACAGCGCCUUCGAGGCCGACUAAAGGGGACCCUCUUCAGGUGCCUGUUUUGGCCGAGGUUCCCCGGACAAGAGGAAAAACCGUCAGGAUUGAAACUGAGCCACACGCACCUCUGCUAGUAGCUGGUCCAAACCCAUUAUCCUCCCUCACUCAUUGAUCACCCUGGGAUAGGGCACAGGAAAGAAAUGUCCCUCAAAGGCAAUAUAAAACUGCCCCUUCUUAGAAUUGCUAAAGCCAUUGGUCUGAAAGUGACUUUGGGAGGUCAUAAAGUUUGUAUCUCUAUCUUUAAGCAAAAAAUUAAAAUUUCCCAGUUCAUUUUAAAGACCUCCAAGGAAGGAAAAAAGCAAUUCCUCUGUCUUCCUUGUGAGUUGCUCUAAAGUGUGUGAUUUUCUAAUGUAAAUUGACUUUGAGGCACUUGUAAACACAAUGGUUCUUACUGUUUCCAUUACUGCAUUUACUUCACCUUGACAAGGUACAAUUUUCAAGGACAAAGCACUAUAUAUUAAGUUAGUAGUUCUAAUAUCCGCUUGAGAGUAUACUCAAGAUUGAUUUUCAUGGCCAUUUGGCAUGAUUGCAUGAAUUCUCUAUUCUUUUAUGUGCAGUUUUUCUGUAGAAAAACAUUAAAGGUUAAAUAUGGGACUGCUAAUGUUUUCUGAAGUGGCAUAGUCUAGUGGAAUCAAUAAUCCCUUGCUUUGGUAUAAUAAUUUGAACUUUUGAAAGUGCUUUCUCAUCCAUUAUCUCUUAUCUUCACAAAAGCUCUGUGGAAGAAAGCACAGUUAUUCCCAAUCUGCAGAGGGGGAAAUGGGGGCCUUCAGAGGUUACAGGACCAGAUGCCAGGUAGUGGAACCAGACAGCAGCUCCUUAACUUCUCUCCAGUGGACUCCCUGCUUUGCCUACUCUCUAGCAACUGAUUUGGGGAAGUUUUUAAACGGUGAGAGUGUGUCUCUGGGGGCAACCAUUGAAAAGAAGACUCUGAUAAUGUUGGAACAGGUAAGGGAUUUGAAUGAAAUACAUUAUUAUAUCUUAUAUGUUAGCUUGAACCAGAAAAAGUUGCCAUUUUUGUAGGUCAAAAACAAUUGAGCAUCAGUUUUAUACGGUUCAAACUCAUAUAUGAUACUAUGCUUUUCUUCUGUCAAUGAAAAUGUCAUCAUCAAUUCCAUUGUCAACAUUAGUAGCCUUAAAACAAUAACAUAAUAAUAAUGAUGAUAAUGAUAGUUAUAGCUAUCAUCUAUUAAAUGCCUACUAUAUUUCAGGCAUGAUACUAGGCAAUUUACAUAUAUCAUCCUAAUCUUUCUAACAACUCUAUUAGGUGGCCCUAUCCAUUUAAUAGAUGCCAAUUCAAAGAGGUUAAAUGAUUAGACUAAGUAACUUAUGUGAGUGUCAGGCUUCAAUGCCUGUGUUAGAGCUACUCCUUCACACAGAAUAGUUCAGAACAUAGAGAAGGACCAAGGUUAAUAAGUGAUUUUCAUCCCAAACACUAAACAUGAUUGAUGGGUAGAGGCUGCCCGAAGUACUGUGUAAAGAUGGAAUCUGAGAUAGAAGAAUGCAGUGGUCAAUUAGUAAUGCUUGCCCAUGGAGGGAUUAGUGACACAUGCCUUGUAUAUUUGUCAUCUGUGGCCUAAACUCUGCCCCUUGAAGGUUUGUUUUCUAAUUCAGAGGUUUAAAUUAAUCUAGCCCACUUAAUGAAACCAGAGAUCCUAUGGGAAAUUUAGCCUAAGACAGUGCUGGAAAUUGCCAUAUGUUGGUACAAAGAAGUGUUCGGCCACAUUACAGGUCUCGGACUCAACUGCUAUGUGUGACUGCAACUCUGUGCCUGUGUCUUGCUUUUUUGCUGAGUUCCCUGUUUCCAUAUCUCCAGGUGAACCAUAAGAAGGCAGAGGGUGGCUGAGAGGCCUGGGCUUCUGGGAUUCCACCUUGCUAUCUCUGCUCUUCAACCAUUGUUUCAGACUCUGAACACCAGAUCCUCAUAUCUGAAAGUGAUUUGGAGACCUGGGCAUCAAGUGCUCUUUUAAGAAGGGGCUAUCUCAAAGGACUGUUCAAUAUUCUUAUUCAAUAGAGAUGUUGGAGUCCAACAAAGUUAGGGAACAAACUAGUAACCUAUGCUAGUCGCAACAGAGGACCCUACAAUUAUGUUUGUUUUUAAGACAGGAUUUUGCUAUGUUGCCCAGACUGGUCUCAAACUGCUGGGUUCAAGGGAUCCAUCCUCCCACCUCAGUCUCCUGAAAGCUGGGAUGACAGGCACAUGCCACCACACCUAGCUCCUUACAACCAUUUAUUUUAACUUAUUUCAUUUAUAACUGGUGUCUUUCAUUUGUAUGUGGCAGCUAGAGAUUUAUAUAGGAUGGAGGUAAUUUAUUUUUAAUUUAAAUAUUUCAUGUUGAACUGUUUGCCUUGUAUAGAACAUUUUACUUGGCCAAUUCAAAUAAAAGUAAAGUCGGCUUUGUUUGUGACAUUAAUGCACCAC